GUGAGCUUUGAAGGAAGAGCAGAGGGUUUUGCUGUCACCAGCUACUCUGUAAAACCUGACCACGCCGAAACAUAUUUUCCAGGCAGGAAGUGUGGGGUUGGAGAACAGUGCGGUGUGCUGUAUAACUUGGUGAGGUUCCUGAAAGGGUGUGAGAUGACAAGAGAUUGAAUGCAGUGCAGAGGAGCGUGCAGUCUGAGAGAGGGCACUGUCUUCACUGUGUCUGCGGCGGUUAACAAUAUGAACACAGCAUCGAGCAAGUCCCCGGAGGAGCACCGAGAGGGUCAGCAGCAAACUCCCUUUGUCGGGCGGGCCCUUGUUUACCUGCUCGCCAUGUUCCUGCUCGCUCAUAUGCUCUCCAGUGCUUUACUGUACGUCUACUUCUCCAUCAAACUGCAGAAGGUCCAGGACAUAAUGAACACCGAACCAGAUUCUGUAUUCCUGCAGAUUCUAAAAAAGUGCGAAAGUAAGGAUCAGUUUGAAAAGAACAAACAUUUCUGUGAUGGAGAAAAAUCCCACUUCCAGCACUUGCUGAAGUACCUUGUGAACAACACUGAAGGACAGCAGCAACAUGACGUUCCAAGACCAGAAAAGCAGAUAGGGAGCCAUCCUGGUCCAACUAUCAGCAGCAUCAGACCUGAACAGACAGCAGCUCAUCUCAUUGCCACCGCUCCAUCCCACCACAGAGCAGUAGACACCAACUUUCCCAAAGACAAAGGCAAGCCAAUAAAGCAAUGGAUGGCUAAAGGCUUCCCAGCAUUUACACACAAUAUAAACUAUACUAGUGGGAAGCUUGUUAUCACUGAGCCUGGAUUUUAUUACGUUUACUGUCAGGUUAGUUUUCGACUGUCCAGUAACAAGACUGUCAACGCAUCCAACGCCCCGUUUCUUCAAUACAUCUAUUUGCAAAGAACAAAGAACCAAGUCACGCUCCUCAUGAAGGCAUCGAAAACACCAGUUGAUAAAAAGCAAGCUGCUAGUUUCAACUCAGUCAAUCAAGGGGGUGUGUUCCAACUGAAAUCAGGAGAUAAACUGUUUGUGAGUGUGACUGACCCCGAAUUGCUCAGUUAUGAUGCCACUUACUUUGGUAUCUUUCAGCUUUAAGUCUUUCUGUUAAAACGUGACAUAAAGUCUGCCAUCAGGUAGAAAGACUCAGGUGUUUUGCCACUGGCUCAGUGUUUCGAACUGCAGAGUAUCUCACUGGGAAUCAACAAGAUCUCUCCCUCCUCUAAUUAGCAACAAAAUACUUUCCAGCAACAACAACAUUUCGACGUUUCAACAUUUCUUAAUCACUCCUUUACUGGCACUAACCCAAAGUGCCAACGUCCCUUCAUAUUCCUCAUUGGAGCCCAAGAAAAGCACUGCAUCCUAAAAACUGUAAGAUCGAGAAUAACAGAAGGUCAACCUUGCACUCUGCUCCAGUGAAUUAUCCCCUUCAGUAACACGGUGCAAGAGACUGACAGUGAAAUGACUGUUCCUUGCACCAAUUACCAAUUGCUAGUUGAGGCCUGGUUUUUAUCAGAUUGAUGCUAACUGCAGUCUGCCUUAGUAAAGCCCUACAGUAACAAGGUGACCAUGCACAUCUCGGGUUGCAAUGCCAACUGGAAUGAGCUGCUGCAGCCAGUCUCAGAGUGACAGGGAAUUCUGCUGGAAAUAACCAUUACUGACCUUUAAAUACCUGGGGUAGUGGGCUGGGGGCCAAUGUUAAAUGUCGCGAAUGAGCAGAUUGCUGGGUGGGGACUGUACUUGUUUAACUUAUUAGUUUGUGAUUAAACUCACAGUCUUUAGUAAGGUCUGUCUUCUGACUGUAGACGAUUGUCAAAGUGCAUCCUGUCUUGAUGCAACAGCAUGGAGCUUGUGAACAGAAAACCACAGCCCCACUGCACUCAGGCAAUGUUAGUGACAAGUGAGCUUUAUCUGUACAUGCCCUCAUGCCCUUGUCUAAGCAGAUCUUAAAUUAAACAAACAGUGAACAGGUUAAAAAGAGAGAUGAAUAUUAGUGAGCUCCCACUGCAGGAAAGCUGAGAAGGACUUCUUGUAGCUGAAAUGUUCAUUUCAAAUGUGGGACUAUCAUCAUUCUCGAAAAACUGUACCAUAUUUGUAAUUGUUCACAAAUGCAUUUGAUAUCUUAUUCCUAUCGCACACAUAAAGCAUCAGAUUUGAAAGGGCCAAUGAAACGCCUCAGUAACUUCACAGAUAAACAGUUUGAAACAAGCUGAUUGUAUUCCAUUGUCCCCUGUGAAGUGGUUUAGUAUUCGAAGUGAUGUGUCUUUGAUAAAGUGGAACUGAACCAUAGACACUCAGGAAAUGAAGUUUUAAAUCUUCUAAAUAAUGUGUUACCACUUCAGCAGUUCUUGCUAAACAGAAUGUUGUUAUUGCAGAGUAAUUUUCCUCCUAGGUUGCUACUGACUUUAUUCUACAUCAACAAAAUUGACCAAAAUUGUGCCAUAAUAACAAGUUCUGACUGUAGUUUCAGGAGUUUUUUUUUCAGCUACCUAUCACAAAUCAAACUCUGCGAGUUCUAUGUCGGUGUUCUCAUGCUCCUAUUAAGGAGCACACUCAUAGGAAGAAGCAUUGGUCGGGUAAUACACUUGGAAUUAGUUGAAGACCGUGCAGGGUUUUGUUUUUGCACAAGCACUAAUUAUUCCCGUUCCCCCCUGUCCCUGUAAGAAGUGUGUCACACGGUAAUAGCUGGAAGUGUCACUGUGAGCUCCACGUUAUCCUGAAUGUUCACAAGAAUGACAUUCCAUCUCCAUGUGCAUUUCAGUGAAAAGACUUUUUUUUUGUAUUUAAUUUAUAUUCUGGAACAGGAUAAUGAAAUUGCACUUGUCAAGUUGAUAAUUACAAAAGCAGGUGAAUACCUAUUUCUGUCGGUGUCUGUGAGGCUAGUUGUAUUUUUUUGAGUGUAACUGGCAUUUUGUACAAAACAUAAAUCUCAAGCUAAUACACUCCAAAAAAUAAUCACUUUAGAAAUUGUAGGUUUUACCUGAUGUUAAUAAUAUUAAGACUAAGCUAUUUAUUUGAUUGAAUUGUCCACAGUUCCUGAUUGUUUUACUGUAUUU